GAACUAUUCGUUUCCAUACAACCAAUUGAUUGAGUGGUUUAAUCGAGAAUUUCCUUAUUAUAUAAAUUAUGGAUUUGAAACAAUUAGAAACUAUUUUUGAUAAAAAUUUAGGAAAAAAUAAGAAAAUUGUCGAUAUUAAAUCUAGUAAUUUGGUAGAGAAAGGAGAAAAUAAUGGUGGGGAAUUGUUCAAAUUAGAUAUAACCGUAAAAAAUGAAGAAACCAAAGAAGAUACCGUUCUGCAUGUAGUAGGUAAAACAAUCCCUUUGAUUGAAAAAUUUCAAGAAAUCUUCAACAUACAAGUUACGUUCAAGGCGGAAAUAUUAUUUUACGAUAAAAUAGUACCGAUACUUCAACGAUUUCAAAAAGAAAACGGCAUGAAGAAUGUCAUCACAUGUUUCCCUAAGUUUUACGGCGGUAGAUUGAAUUUGAACGGCAGUAAUACUGUCGAUAAAGAUGGUAUUAUGAUUAUGGAAAAUUUGAAAAUGUCCGGUUAUACAAAUUUGGAUAGACAUGUUGGUUAUAAUCUUAAAGAAUCGAUGUUGCUCCUUAAGGACUUGGCAGAAUUUCAUUCAACUGUCAUCGCUUUCAAAUUGAAACAUCCUGAUUUGUUCUUCAAAGAAAUUCGACCGGUUUGUAACAAUCAUCUACAGCUUACAGAAGAAAAUUCUUUCAAAGAUGUGAUUGGAAUAGUAGAGGAAAUUUUAUUGCAGUCCAAGGAAUGUACACCAUACGUUCCAAAAAUUCGUAAAAUGUGGAAUGAAUUCAAACCAGAUUUUUCUGGUGAAAAUAAGAGAGAACCUUUCGCUACUAUCACUCAUUCUGAUCUUUGGGUGAAUAAUGCGAUGAUGAAGUAUGUAAAUGGAGAACCGGUUAAGAAUAAAUUCGUCGAUUUCCAACUUUACAAUUACGGAUCUCCGGGAUUUGAUAUUUUAAAUUUUUUAUUCACUAGUGUGCAAACGAACGUUUUGCGAAUGAAAUUCGAUGAUUUAAUACGUUUUUAUCACAACGAGUUUGUGAAUAAUAUAAAAAGAUUGAAUUGUGAAUAUUCUAAAUUUAGUUACAGUAAAUUCUUAAAAGAACUAGAACUCGAUUCAGUACAAGUUCUUAAUUGGGACUUGAGUUUCAUUCCAAUGGUUGUUUUUGGUCAAAAAGGACAUGCUUUACCAGAUUCGAACGUAGUAGAUUUUAAUGAUGCACAAUUUAAAGCUAUGAUGGUAAAUAAUAUACCAGAAGAAGCGAAAAGAAGGUUACAUUUCAUGAUUGAAGAAUAUAUAAACAGAAAAUGGUUGUAAAUUAUAAUAAAAUCAAUAAUUUUUUUGUU